CAAGUGCCAUCGCUAUUGAACACCAAUCAGCUGUGGGUCUGGUGUCUCGUGACAAUAAAUUAACGUUCCCCAUCUGGAAAAACAAAAAACUAGCAAACAUUAAUUUUCAACGACGGAGCGUCCAGAGAACAUGUCACCGAAAAACAACCACGAUCCCACCUCGUCUGGUGACUCUGGCAACACCAAUGUCCAGGAGGCAGACCUCCAAGAAAUGGAGGAUGUGAACCAGAGUCUGGACGCCCUCAGCUGUGCCCUGGAUGCUGUGGAGCAACGCACGGAUGACAUUAUGUCCCAGCUGCGGGCGCUGUUGAACUCCAACAGGGAGAUCCGCCGCCAGCUGGCCGAGGAGAAGGACCAGGCCGCCGAUCAGGAUCAGGCCGAUGACGACAUGGAGGGCGCCGGGGAACCAACCAAGUAGCUGUCGAAUGUGUUUUGUGCAAGUGCAAUCGUAAUCUGUUUUCGUUUGUUUCCUAAUUUUUUUUGUACCAUGUAUUAUUGAUGAUUAUUAAACCUAAGUAAAAUUAA